GAGCCGGAGCGGGAGCGCGAGCGGGGCCCGGAGCGGGGGCCGCGCCGCUGAGGCGAGCCCGGGCCGCGGAGCCACGGCCGCGGCGGAGGCCCAGAGCGGGGGACCCCGGGAUCUGAGACAGUGGGACGCCAGCAGGAUGCCCUCGCCCGCGCACGGCCCCCAGGCCACUGAGAGGAGCACUGCCUGGCCCUGGAGCACCCCUGCCCGCCAGUAGCCGGAGGCGCGGAGCCACCGCGGGCUGCAUGGCGAGCUGAGCGCGGCCACUGCGACCUCAGGCUUCCGCAGAGCUGGGCUGGGCUCGCAGCGGAGUCACCGUGGAGAGGCCGGGGUACCACAAACUUAUGGAUCUUGACAAGAAAGGUGGGAAAGGGGAGCUGGAGGAGGGCCGGAGGAUGCCCAAGGCCGGCGGGAGCCGCAGCAACCACGGCGCCCGGGGCGCAGGCACCAGCUCGGGGGUCCUGAUGGUGGGCCCCAACUUUCGCGUCGGGAAGAAGAUCGGCUGCGGGAACUUCGGGGAGCUCCGCCUGGGGAAGAAUCUCUAUACGAACGAAUACGUAGCUAUCAAACUGGAGCCCAUCAAGUCGCGGGCCCCACAGCUGCACCUGGAGUACCGGUUCUACAAGCAGCUCAGCACGGCAGAGGGUGUGCCGCAGGUCUUCUAUUUCGGCCCGUGCGGGAAGUACAACGCCAUGGUGCUGGAGCUGCUGGGCCCCAGCCUCGAGGACCUGUUCGAUCUCUGCGACCGCACCUUCACGCUCAAGACCGUGCUCAUGAUCGCCAUCCAGCUGAUCACGCGUAUGGAGUACGUGCACACCAAGAGUCUCAUCUACCGCGAUGUGAAGCCUGAGAACUUCCUGGUGGGGCGGCCGGGGGGCCGGCGGCAGCACACGGUGCACAUCAUCGACUUUGGGCUGGCCAAGGAGUACAUCGACCCUGAGACCAAGAAGCACAUCCCGUACCGCGAGCACAAGAGCCUGACGGGCACCGCACGCUACAUGAGCAUCAACACACACCUGGGCAAGGAGCAGAGCCGCCGGGACGACCUGGAGGCGCUGGGCCACAUGUUCAUGUACUUCCUGCGUGGCAGCCUCCCCUGGCAGGGGCUCAAGGCUGACACGCUCAAGGAGCGGUACCAGAAGAUCGGGGACACCAAGCGGGCCACACCCAUCGAGGUGCUGUGCGAGAACUUCCCAGAGGAGAUGGCCACCUACCUGCGCUACGUCCGGAGGCUGGACUUCUUUGAGAAGCCCGACUACGACUACCUGCGCAAGCUCUUCUCUGACCUGUUCGACCGCAGCGGCUUCGUGCUCGACUACGAGUACGACUGGGCCGGGAAGCCCUUGCCGACGCCCAUUGGCACUGUCCACGGCGACCUGCCUUCGCAGCCGCAGCUCCGGGACAAGGCCCCGCCGCACGGCAAAAACCAGGCGCUGAACUCCACCAAUGGGGAGCUGAACGCGGACGACCCCACGGCCGGUCACUCCAACGCCCCCAUCACGGCGCCCGCGGAGGUGGAGGUGGCAGACGACACCAAGUGCUGUUGCUUCUUUAAGAGGAGAAAGAGGAAAUCGCUGCAGCGGCAUAAGUGAGGCUGGGUGCGGGCGAACUUCCACUGCAGCCCCUCGGGGCACAUGCUUGUCUCGGGCACACGCGGCCCGGCUGCCGCAGCCCAGGGCCCAACCCCGGCCUGAUGCCAGGACGCAGACUGCGGGGCCACCGGGUCCCCGAGAGUCCCACGGCCCUCGCAGGGGCGGUCUCUUCCUUCAUGUAAGACUUUGGCCAAAAUUUCUACACCUCUGUCUAGUCCUCCCCCUGAGAGCGUUAACUAUUUAAAACAAGGAGAAAAGGAGAAAACGAGGCCCGCCUGUCCCCCACCCUGCUGCAGCCGUGACCUGGGAGCUCGGCGGCCCCUCGCGGCGCUGCACUGUCCAGCUAGUGUCAUAAAGUCCAGCUUGUCUCCCUCAGUCCAAAGGCCGUUUUCUCGGGGGUGGUAGGGCCCGGCCGGGGGAGAUCUGCAGGGUGGGCCUGCUCAGGGCUCCCCAGACUGUGGGGGCCGGGACAGCCGUGGUGGGAGCCAGACCCCAACCAAAAUGCUGCACCAAAGCUCGGGCAGCCUGUGCGCAGGCACUGCCACUGCCUCCUCCUGGCCCCGGGGGCAGCCCUCGGCACCUGCUUCCCGCGGUCGUCCAGGCGCUGCUGCUCCAGGGCGCCUGGGGUGCAGGGUCCGGUCUCCAGGCUCAGCCCCGUCAGGCCGGAGAGCAGGGGACAAAACGCCUUAAAGCCCAGCCCCCCGGGGGUGCGUGGGGGGCCCGAGGCCACAGCUGCUGGGCGGUCCCCAGGCGGCGGCCGUAUGAGUCUAGUUCUUGCUUUACAAAGUGUACAGAAUGGCAUUUGUGUUUCUCUGAUGCUUCCGGAAGCCAUAGAAUUUAGGGGCUUUUUUUAAAAAAAAUAAAAGGAAAUGAAACCAA